AUGCUAUUUUUGGCUCCUCCACAUUGUUCGUUAUCAUUUAUCAACGCCAAUUUUGAGAAAGAGUCGUGGGCUGCUCUCUCUGCUUUCACUUCGCAACCUACUCUUCCACAAAGUUUUCAUAGGAAAAGGAACACUAGUAGAAAUUUUCGAUGCUACUCGCUGAAGAGUGCACUUUCUAAGGUGAAAAGUCCUCCGUCUCCAACCCCUGAGACAUUAGAAAAGGAACCCCAUAAAUAUUUUGAUCAGGUGGUGAUCACUGUCCGUGCUGGAGAUGGCGGUCAUGGUGCCGUCCUUAGUAUGCCUACUCAGAGAGCUCCUUCUAACUCACGAGGAAAAUUUGGAAAACACAAGAUAAAGGAAAAGAGUUCAUAUAAAAGGGAUUUUGAUGGCUCACUCGUUCUUCCUAUGGGUGGACAUGGUGGUGACGUUGUGAUAUAUGCAGAUGAGAGCGAAGAUUCGUUAUUGGAGUUCCACAAGAAAAGUCGAUACAAUGCGAAACGUGGAGGAAAUGCUAAUGCAAUGGGUGUUCUGACAUCACAACUGCGCGAUGGACUUGCCGCUCCUUCUUUGCGUAUUCCAGUACCUCCAGGUACUGUUGUAAAACAUAAAAGAGGAAAGCUUCUGGCUGAUUUAGCUCGUCCAGGUGAUGAAGUUCUUGUAGCCAGAGGUGGACAAGGAGGGAUUAGCUUGUUAGAAGUCCCUGAGCAUAAAAGAAAGAGAACGACAGCUUUAACCACUAAUGUAAUGAGAGAUGACAGUGAUAAGGUUUUGGUUCUUGGUCAGUCUGGUGAAGAGGUUAGUUUGCAGUUGAUACUUAGAGUUGUUGCAGAUGUUGGUCUCAUUGGACUCCCAAAUGCCGGAAAAUCUACCCUAUUGGCAGCCAUUACACUUGCGAAGCCUGAUAUAGCUGAUUAUCCAUUCACAACCUUGAUGCCAAACUUGGGACGCCUUGAUGGUGACCCUAGCUUAGGGGCGGGAAAAUUUUUAUCUGAGGCAACUUUAGCAGAUUUGCCUGGUCUCAUCGAAGGAGCUCAUCUGGGGAAGGGUCUCGGUCGCAAUUUUUUAAGGCAUUUGAGGAGGACUCGGCUGAUGGUCCAUGUUGUUGAUGCAGGUGCUGAGGAUCCUGUCAGUGAUUACAGAACAGUGAAAGAAGAAUUGCGGAUGUACAAUCCUAAUUACCUUGAACGACCAUACAUUGUGGUGCUAAAUAAAAUUGACAUUCCGAAGGCAAUGGACAGGCUUCCAUCUUUAAAGGAAGAAAUAUGGAGAAUUGGAAGUGACAAGAUAGAUUUGCAGACUGAAGCAAUCUCCAAAACUGCUGCUUUUUCCAUGUCAAAUGAUGAGGACCAAGCUGUUGAUCAGAAGGUGAAGGAAAUUGAAGCUUAUCCACGACCUCUUGCUGUUGUGGGCGUCAGUGUUCUGAGACGUAUAAACAUCAAUGAAAUGUUAGAGGCCAUAAGGGCAGCUUUGCGCCAUUGUCAAGAUAUUACCGGCUUACUGGGAACAUCUGCAGGACCAUGA